AUGUCAGCAACAGAUAAUUGGAUAAAAUUAUAUCGAUGGUGGCAAGAACAUUUAAAAUCUCAUUUUCAUUUAUCUUCAUCAAACAUGAAUGAAAAUCAUCAUAAAAAACGAAGUUCUUUAUUACAUCGUCGUUCAUCACUUAUGUUAUUUCGUUCUCCGAAUACUACUCUUUUAAUGAAUGCUAAAAAACGAGCUUCAUUUGGUGGUGUUGAGGAACAUCAAGAACUAGGUUAUGCCAUUGGCAAUGGUGGCUUUCGGCAUGUGCGUGAUAGUAUUCGUAGCAAAAAUUCCCGAACGACACGAUCAACAGCAACUGUCACGAACAAUAAAAGGUCAGUUAAUUGA